CAUUAGACAAACGUGAAAAAAGGUAUAAUUAGUCUAAUCUUCGAUAUUAUUUAUAUAAGAGAUACCCCAAAUGGGAAAUGCACAUCAUCAACAUCCUCAAAAAAAGCACUAAUUUAUUUUUAUCAAUCUUGCUUUCUGAUUCUUGCUGACUAUUCUUCUUCCAUAUUGUCAAUCAAAUCUAAGAUUUCAUUUUUAUUAAUUUUUUAUCAGAUCCGUUUUUGUAUUGGGUUGGUUUGAAUUGUAUUCUUGAUUGGAAUUGUUUUACCCGUCUGUCCCCGAUAAUUAAUUCUCGCUGAUCGCGUUUAUAGAUCAUCGAAUCAACAGCAAUAAUCUUCAAGAGGUUCAUAUGACAAUGGGGUUUGAGACAGAAAGGCUUGAAGAGGAGGUUCCUAUGACAAUGGGGUUUAAGACAAACGAAGCAAGUUCAUCGUCAGAUGCACUAAAAAACCCUGGAGAGGAUGAUCCAUUUUUGGGGCAAAAGCAGCAGCAGCAGCUUUCUUCUCCUUUAAAGACUUUUGCUAAUAUGUUCAUGUCUCUAGUUGGUGCAGGAGUUCUUGGACUUCCAUAUACAUUCAAGAAAACAGGAUGGGUAAUGGGCUCUCUCUUGAUCAUCUCAGUAGGCACUCUUGAUUAUUACUGUAUGAUGCUUCUUGUUUAUUCAAAGCGUAAGCUUGAAUCGCAAUCUGAAGAUGUCAAAAUCUCAUCUUUUGGUGAUUUGGGAUUUGCGGUGUGUGGAUCUGUCGGUCGCAUUGUUGUUGAUGCAAUGAUUGUUCUCUCCCAAGUAUGUUUUUCAGUGGGAUACAUGAUUUUCAUAGCUAAUACUUUAGUGUACUUGUUCAAUUCUUCUAGAGAACAAGCAAAUACUAAAAUCUUGGGAUUUUCGCCGAAAUCAAUGUAUAUAUGGGGUUGUUUCCCAUUCCAGUUGGGAUUGAAUGCAAUUCCAACACUGACCCUUUUAGCCCCUUUGAGUAUUUUUGCUGAAAUUGUUGAUAUAGGAGCUUUGGGUGUAGUGAUGGUUCAAGAUGUGAUGAUUGGUAUCAAGAAAAAGCCUAGUUUAGAAAUGUUUGGUGGAUUCAGUAUAUUUUUUUAUGGUCUUGGUGUGGCUGUUUAUACUUUUGAAGCUAUUGGAAUGGUUUUGCCUCUGGAAUCUGAGACAAGAGACAAGGACAAAUUUGGGAAAAUAUUGGGUUUGUCAGUGGCCUUUGUAGCAUUUCUGAAUAGUGCUUUUGGAGCAUUGGGUUACUUAGCAUUUGGGGAAGAGACCAAAGAUAUAAUCACUACUAAUUUUGGGAAGGGGCUGGUUAGCAGCCUGGUACAGAUUGGCCUUUGCAUAGACCUCUUCUUAGCUUUGCCAUUGAUGAUGAAUCCAGUUUAUGAAGUGAUGGAAAGGAGAUUCUGCGAAGGCAGAUACUGCUUGUGGCUGAGAUGGCUUGUGGUUUUGACAGUCCCGUUGGUGGCACUGACAGUACCCAAUUUUGCUGAUUUCACAUCACUGGUUGGGAGCAGUGUGUGUGUUGUUUUGGGGUUUGUGUUGCCUGCUUUGUUUCACUUGAUUGCCUUUAAGGAUGAGCUGGGCUGGUAUAGUUUGGCUGUGGAUGCUACAUUAUUUGUCAUGGGCACAGCUUUUGCAGUCUAUGGAACCUCUUCUUCCCUGAUUAAGAUCUUUUCACAAACGGCUUAGCUUUUUCUUUAUUUUUUCUGUGAACAGAUUUUUCAGAAGAUGCAUAUUAUGCACCUUCUGUCAAUAUAUUAUGUGAAACUACUCUUCAAUAGAUGAUAUUCAAUUCCUUAUGUCAAA